UCUUUCUGUUUGGUCCUUUGCUUCUUUUUCUUUUUUACUAUAUAUUUUGAAUGUGUGUGUAUAAUCUUUGAUUACUUAUACUUUCGCCAUUAAAAGCUUUUACUGUUUGUGUCCCACGAAAAUCCCACCUUCGCCAACCCAAAAAUCUUCUCUUUUUGUUCUUAUUUAAGCUCUCUAUUUGCUUUACUGGGAAACUCGAGUUUUUUCAAUGGGUAAACAAGGAAGAAGAAAGAUGGUUUGUUAUGCUCUGUUUUUGGUUGCUCUGUUUCAGUGCAAAUUCUGGGCUGUUGCGAUUUUAGACCCACUUGAUUUUCUGGCUUUACAGUCAAUUAGAAAGUCUCUACAUGAUUUGCCCGGCUCUACUUUCUUUGCUUCAUGGGAUUUCACCUCUGAACCUUGUAACUUCGCCGGAGUUUACUGCGAUUCCGAUAGAGUUGUAGCUCUUAAUCUGGGUGACCUGCGUGCCGGUUCUCCGGGUUUAACAGGAAAAAUCGACGUUGCCAUUGGUAAAUUAUCUGCUCUUGCUGAGUUUUCUAUUGUUCCGGGUCGGAUAUAUGGACCGUUGCCGCCCUCAAUUUCGCACUUGAAGAAGCUUCGGUUUUUAGCGAUCAGCCGGAAUUUUAUCUCCCGGAAUAUUUCGGCGACUCUGGGCCAACUGAUAAGUCUUAAAACGCUUGAUCUCAGCUACAAUCAGUUAACCGGAGAAAUACCUCGAUCCAUCGGAACGCUACCGGAGCUCAGCAACGUUAUUCUCUGUCACAACCACCUCUCUGGUUCGGUCCCUCCAUUUCUUUCCCGAGUCUUAACCCGGUUGGACCUCAAACACAAUGCACUCACCGGUUCGCUCGCUCCGGACUCCCUCCCUCCUUCGCUCCAGUCCCUCUCCCUCUCAUGGAACCAACUGUCCGGACCGGUUGACAGGCUUCUAUCCCGGCUCGACCAGUUAAGCUUCCUAGAUUUGAGUUUGAACAAGUUCACCGGUCCCAUUCCCUGCCGGCUGUUCUCAUUUCCAAUUACGAACCUCCAGUUGGAAAGAAACUUAUUCUCCGGUUCCGUCCAACCCGCCGAUCAAGUGACAAUCUCGACCGUUGAUCUAAGUCACAACAGGCUAUCGGGCCAGAUAUCACCAAUGUUCUCCACCGUACAGAAUCUUUACCUGAACAACAACCGUUUCACUGGUAAGGUCCCGGCCGGUAUUGUGGGCCGGUUACUAUCCGGCAACAUACAAAUAUUAUAUUUGCAGCAUAACUAUUUGACGGGGAUGGAGAUUAAAUCGGCGGAUGAGAUUCCUAUAAGCAGUUCGCUGUGUCUACAGUAUAAUUGCAUGGUGCCGCUCGUACAGACGCCAUGCCCGUUCAAGGCCGGCAACGAGAAGACCAGGCCUACCGCCCAGUGUAAUGAAUGGAAAGGGUAGAUUCGUAACUUUCACGAACUUGUGAGGGGCACUUCGGAAAGAAUUUUAUACAUAAGGGGAAAAAUUGAGAAUUUUGGGUUCAUUUAUUUAUUUGGUUUUCAUUUUAUUUUAUGCCUUUUUGAUACUAAAGUGUAUUUGUUAGUGUU